CGCGGAGCGCACUCGGCCGGCAGGAGCGGCGGGGCCGUGCCGGGCCGGGCCGGGCCGUGCCGUCGGGGGGGGGCCGCAGGAUGUACACGCUGACACGCGGCCCCAGCAAGCUGGCCACGCAGCGCCGCACAGGUCCGACGCAGCAGCCGGUGGAGAGCAAGGUGGGCGAGCCGCGGGGCCGGCUGCAGCCCGGCGCCUGGCCCCCCGCCAGCCCACUCCCGAAGCUCGUCUUCAACAGAGUGAACGGCAAGCGGCCGCAGGUGCUGCUGUCGCACGCCCCGGGGCCUGAGGAGUGCUACACGGCGGCCCACGAGGAGAACGUCCGCUUCGUAUACGAAGCCUGGCAGGAGGUCGAGCAGCAGCUGGACGACAGCCAGAGAGGGGAGAGUGCCCGCGGGCCCGUGCAGUACGUAGAGAAAACCCCGAACCCCAGUCUGAAAUACUUUGUUCCCAUUGACCUGGAGGAGUGGUGGGCAAAACAAUUUUUGGCCAAAAUCUGAAACAUAUCAUAAAAGGGAAGAAAGUUUUUUUUUCUUAAAAAAAAAAAAAAAAAGCUAAGAGCCUCUGGUCACACGCUGGACUCGGUGGUAUUUAGAAACACCUUUUUACAAGAUGUCAGCAACCCAGUGACCCCUCUGCCAGCCCACCGAGGACGGCAGGACCGGACCACAGCCAUGCCCGGCCACACGCCUGCUCCUUGCGCAGGGCGGAGGAGCCGCGAGCGGCCCCGGCCGGGAUUCCUCAAGUGCCAGUUCUGAGACGUCUGCGGCUCCGGCAGCCCCCCGGGACACUGCGGUGCCGCGCUGGGGCCGGGCAGGAGCGGCCUCCCCCCCGGAGGGCAGCAGGUCGCUGUAGCAGGACUGCCAGACAAUAAAGCGCUCAAACUGCC